GCAAAAGCCUGAGGGGUCGGGGUGCACCCAGAAGGGCCUACAUAUAAAUAAACAAAAAAUGGAGAUAGAAAGACUCAUCAAACAAGGAGGCGUAUCCGAUUCAUGAGAAUGGGGAAGGGAGAGAAGACGGGGUUAGGGCGUGCUCUUGUGAAGCACCACAACCAGAUGGUUCAGCAGGCCAAAGAGAAGGGACGCGCCUACUGGCAACAACACAAGAAGGUUCUUGAAUCCGUCACUGAGGUGAACGACAUAGAUGCAGUCAUCGGUCAAGCUGAUGAGGCACUCCGCCUAUUCUCCGCCCAACAUCCUCCCGUUAACCUUCCCAUCAAUUUGGACUCAGGCUCUAGCUAUAGUGAGGUUGCACCUGAGAAAAAGAGAGAGUUACAAAAGAGGGAGGAGGAAUUGCAUGCUAGCAGUCUUCGUGUUCCACGGAGACCCCCAUGGGAUUCCAAAAUGACUAUAGAAGAGUUUGAUGACAAUGAAAGGCGAGCUUUUCUAAUUUGGCGUAGGAGCCUUGCAAGACUUGAGGAAAAUGAGAAUCUUGUCUUGACUCCAUUUGAAAAAAAUCUUGAUAUUUGGAGACAACUUUGGAGAGUGGUGGAGCGUAGUGACUUGCUUGUGAUGGUGGUUGAUGCACGGGAUCCCCUCUUUUACCGCUGUCCCGACCUUGAGGCAUAUGCACAAGAAGUUGAUGAACACAAAAAGACUAUGCUUCUAGUAAACAAAGCAGAUCUUUUACCUUUAUCUAUCAGGAAAAAAUGGGCCGAGUACUUUCAUCGCCAUGACAUUCUUUAUGUAUUUUGGUCUGCAAAAGCUGCUACUGAAGCUCAUGCAGAGAAAGAAGUUAGUGCCUUGAAGAUUCAAGUAAAUGAUUUGCAAGAGGAAUCAGAUGAUGAAGAUACAAGGAUAUAUGGUAGGGAGGAACUGUUGGCCCGUUUAUUGUCAGAAGCAGAGGACAUAGUCUUGACUAGGAAUCUUUUAAGGCCCAUUCUUCCCUUAAAUUCAUCAAGAAACACACAAGCUAGAGGUGGUGCAAUGGUUGGAUUUGUAGGGUAUCCUAAUGUUGGUAAAAGUUCCACCAUUAAUGCUCUUGUAGGGGCAAAACGAGCUGGCGUAACUUCCACUCCAGGAAAGACAAAGCAUUUCCAAACAUUGAUAAUAUCUGAAAAACUCACACUGUGUGAUUGCCCUGGCCUAGUCUUCCCAUCCUUCACAAGCUCAAGGUAUGAGAUGAUUGCUUCGGGGGUUUUGCCGAUUGAUCGGAUGACCGAGCACCGGCAGGCCGUUCAGGUUGUGGCAAACCGAGUUCCUAGAAAAGUCAUAGAAGACAUCUACAAAAUUUCCUUACCCAAACCAAAGCCAUACGAACCACAAUCACGUCCACCUUUGGCUUCAGAGCUUUUGAGUGUCUAUUGUGCCUCCCGUAGCUAUGUUUCUGCCAGUGGACUUCCUGAUGAAACAAAAGCAGCCCGCCAAAUUUUGAAGGAUUAUGUUAAUGGGAAGCUUCCUCACUUUGAAAUCCCACCUGAUGAUCAUGACGACAAUGAUGACGAUAAUGAUGAGGAGGAGGAGGAUGAGGAUGAGGAUGAUGAAGCUAGCCAGUCAGACCAUGGUUCAUUUGAUAUUGAUAAACAACGUCUUGUAAGUGAACUACAAGAUGCACCGAGUCUGGACCAUGUGUUGAACGAUCUAAAUGCAUUUGACAUGGCUAAUGGGCUAGCUUCCAGAAAAAAUGGAAUAGCUGCUAAGAAGAAGUCCUCAAAUGCACCUCAUAAACAGCAUAGGAAGCCACAACGAAAGAAAGACAGAACAUGGAGGGUCAGUAAUGAUGGCGGUGAUGGCAUGCCAGCGGUUAAAGUUUUCCAAAAGCCCAUUAAUACUGGUCCUUUAAAAAUCUAGCCAGGUCAAUCGGAGAACCUUUUGUCAUGGGGGGAUUUCUUGUUGGAUUAUUGGAUUGCAAAAAAAGCCAUCUUGACUUGCCACUGCUUCUUGUAGUUGUACUUUCUGUGCUUUUGUACUGCCACUUUUCUGGUCUCGUAAAUUUGUUUGUCAACACAUCAAUGAAACGUGUAAUGAAUAUAUAAUAUGACACUCUUGGUUGCAAGAUUGAGCCCUUUCACUCUUAUGUUGCAGAGAUCUUUUAGGCAUAAGUUUUUAAGUUUAUGCAAGUUUGUCACAGUUUGGUUGUUGAACUGAGAAACUAGUAUUCUUGAAGUAACUGGG